CUUCCGGGUGGUUUGUUUUGGUUUGUUGUCCUGACAGCAGCCGUUAGCUUUCGUUAGCAUCAGUUAUCUUCAUCAUGUCAGCCACAGAGGACGACACGGAGCUGAGAGACCUCCUGAUCCAGAACCUGGAGAACAGCGGAGUCCUCAACAAGCUCAAGGCGGAGAUGAGGGCAGCGGUGUUCCUGGCGAUGGAGGAGCAGGACAAACAGGAGAAUAAAAUUCCUCUGAUCAAUGAAAACCUGAAGAAAUUCCUCAACACCAAAGAUGGUCGUUUGGUAGCCGCUCUCAUUCUGGACUUCCUCCAGGUCUUUAACUUGGACUUCACACUCGCCGUGUUUCAGCCAGAGAUCAACUCCCUGAACGGUCUGGAUGGUCGGGAUCUGGUCAGCAGAGAUCUCGCUCUGUCAGAGUCCGAGGUGAACAGAAACUCUCCUCUGCUGCUGGAGCUCGUCAGGAGAAGACACAAACCCAAUGAGGGAGACCGAGGAGGAGGCAUCACAGCGGAGCCGACUCAGAAACAGAUCGCUCACGCUCGGAAGAAGUUUGACUCCUAUGACAAGGACGGGAGCGGCUCAGUUUUAAGAGAAGAUCUGAAGAAUGUGUUCACAGAUUUAUUCCCCAGCUUGAACAAGAACAUGGUGGAGAGGUUUGUCACUGAUGAGCUGAGAGCUGCAGAUAAAACCUUCUCUAAAACGGUCGACUUCCAGCUGUUUCUGGGGUUUUACAGACGUCUGUUCUCCCAGUGCAGAAGUGUGGUCGUUCAUGACUCUGACGUUGGUCAGACUCACGGUCCUGAAGAUAAAAUCAGCUCCCCAUCUGUCAGUAAGAUCCCCCGAUUAAAAGGCCAGAAUCACAGAGGACAGAGUCAGACAGCAGCCAAGGGCUCAUCAGACGGUGUGACAUCUCAGGGUAAAGGAGACUCCAAGCACAAGCAGACAUCCGACAUCAAGGCAUCGUCCACGGGUCAGCAGAGAGAGCGGGUGGACCUGGACCUGGAGGUGGAGGAUGAUGCUGACGAGGGCGACUCAUUUUUCGAUGACCCACUGCCCAAACCACAAAAGACCUAUGGCUGCUCUCCGUUUGGAGAAAAGGAUUCAUCAGAGAGGACGAACAGUCAGAGAGAUGUUGUCAACCUGAGGGAAGAGGGUCUUUCUGGGCCGGUCGUGUCCACCAUGAGGCGAGGCAAAAGCCUCAGCGAUCUCUCUCUCCUGGCUGCUGACUCAGAGGGCGAGCGAGACGAUCCUCCCUCUGAGCUCAGGAAAGCGGAGGCGUCUGGGGCCAGAGAGAGUCCGGUAGGGUCGCUAUCAGAGGCUCCGAGAACAGGAGGAGGAGGAGGAGGAGGAGGGAGCAGCUUGUCGGAGCAGAGCCACAGCAGAAACGGAGCAUCAAACUCCAGAGAGAGAGGAUUCAGAGAGUCCAAGACCCCCAUUGAUAAAACAGGAUCUCUGCAUUUAGAUGACGAUGUCGAAUACGACGACGACUUUAACAGUCAUCGGUCCGAUCUCUCAAAGAGUGAGGUCAGUAUCGGUGAGGAGAUUGAGGAAGUCUCCAUCGAAGGACCGGAGAACAGCGAUAAGUUUGAUGAAACCACCCAGGACCUAAGCGUUUCUCAGCUCAGUCAGAGUCACGGAGCCGACUACAUGGAGGAGGUGGCCUGAACUUCCCAUCAUCCACCACGCCACAAGCUCCCAUCAUGCAUCUCUUUGUAUCAACGAUAUUUAAGUCUGUACAGUUUCAAUGAGAAUAAUAAAUCCUUUUGUUUAAAGA